AUGGAGAACAAAAUCAAUGUAACUGAGUUCAUUCUGCUGGGCCUUACACAAAGUGCAGAGCUUAGAAAAAUUUUCUUUGUCAUUUUCUUAUUCAUAUAUAUUAUCACAAUUAUAGGAAACAUACUCAUUGUCAUAACCAUGACUGCCAGCCAAACUUUGAGAUCACCCAUGUACUUUUUUCUAAACUUCUUAUCUACUGUGGAUGCAAUCUACUCUUCGGUUGUUGCUCCAAAGAUGGUUUUGGAUGUACUCUAUGAGAAGACAACUAUCUCUGUGGAAGGCUGUCUGACUCAGCUCUUUGCAGCCCAUUUUUUUGGUGGUGUUGGAAUCAUCCUCCUUGUAGUCAUGGCUUAUGAUCACUAUGUGGCCAUCUGCAAACCCUUGUACUACAUGACUGUCAUGAAUCAUCAUGUGUGCCACUUGUUGGUGGCAGCGGCCUGGAUGGGAGGCUCAGUACAUGCCACCAUACAACUUCUCUUCAUGGCCCAUCUUCCCUUCUGUGGCCCUAAUGUUAUUGAUCACUUCAUGUGUGAUUUGUUCCCAUUGCUGAAACUGGCCUGCAUGGACACCCAAGUUCUUGGCCUUUUAGUCAUUGCUAAUAGUGGAGUAAUGUGCCUGUCAAUCUUUCUCAUACUAGUUGUCUCCUAUGUUGUUAUCCUCUCUUCCCUGAAGGGUGGGAGCUCAGAAGGAAGGAGAAAGGCCCUUUCCACUUGCAGCUUUCACUUCACAGUGGUGGUCUUGUUUUUUGCUCCCUGCAUUUUCUUAUAUGUGAGGCCAGUAGUCACUUUUCCUAUAGAUAAAGCUGUAGCUGCAUGUGCUUCUAUGAUUACUCCUAUGUUAAACCCCUUGAUUUAUACCCUUAGGAAUACAGAGGUAAAAAAUGCCAUGAAGAAACUCUGGAUUAGAAGAAUGCCUUUGACUGUUUGG